CCUCCGUAUUUUGACAUCUAUUUUUAUCGACAUUGUUUUGAAAUGGAGAGAUCACAUGAGAUAUUCAUUCUGCUAUGGCUUGUAAAUAUAACUGUCGGCUUUCUUUACACCGCAGACCCAGAUUUAGCAAAGCAAUUAUUUCAGACAUGGAAACUGGAAAACGGGAAAGAAUAUAAUGGAGUCGACGAAGAGCAGACGAGAUUUGAUGUAUUUUAUGAUAACAUAAAGACCAUCAAUAAAUAUAACAAAAUGUACCAGCCAGAAACAAUUUUUGCCUUAAAUAAGUUUGCUGACAUGUCGCCAUCCGAUUUUCAGAGUAAAAUCCUGAUGUCCGACCGUGAACCUCCAACGUUUGAAAACGACAGAUAUAUCAAAGGUGAAAAGGGAUUUCAUCUUCCUGACUCAUUUGACUGGGUUCCGAAAAAUGUGGUAACAUCCGUCAAGAACCAAGGGGCAGCUGGUUCCUGUUGGGCUUUUAGCACAAUUGAAAACGUAGAGGGACAGUGGGCUUUGUCAGGACAGCCACUACUGAAUUUAUCUGUCGAGCAAGUGGUUGAUUGUGACGGAUUUGAAGAUAUUUCCAGAAAGAAUGCUGAUUGUGGAGUGUUUGGUGGGUGGCCUUAUCUUGCUUAUCAAUAUAUUAUGAAAACAGGAGGCAUAGAGUCGUCACGUGACUAUGGUUACUGUAGUGGUGAUACAGACACCAAACACCAAGAAAACAAUUGUUUACCAUGUCCACCACCUGGUUUUAAUAGUACAUUGUGUGGUCCAGCAGUUCCAUAUUGUAACAUGUCUCAAAGCUGUGUGGCAAAACUUGAUAAAACCAAAUUUGUGAAGGGUUUGAAAAUAACGGAUUGGAAAGCCAUUGAUAAGAAUGAGACGAAUAUUGCUGAGCAGUUGAUGAAAAUUGGACCACUAUCCAUUGCAAUGAAUGCUGAUUGGUUGAUGUUUUAUCAUAGUGGAAUAUCUUCACCUUACUUCUGCAACCCAAAGAGUAUUAAUCACGCUGUGUUGUUAGUUGGCUUUGGCAAAGAAAAGACCCUGUUUGGAGAAACGCUUUAUUGGAAAGUGAAAAACUCAUGGGGGUCAUCAUGGGGUGAAAAAGGAUAUUUCAGGAUUAAACGAAAUGCAGGCACGUGUGGGAUAAACACACAGGUGACUACUGCUAUGUUGAUGAAGUGAUAUGGGCAGAAAGAUCGUUGUUUUUCUUUCAAGGUGGUACCUAACACUACAGGGAGAUAACUCUGUAAAGUCAGUUAAACGUUUUAAUUACGUUGUGUUGUAAAAGGAAUAUUAAGCUUCUCAAUCAUCAAAACUGAUGGCUGUCAAAUUGCUAUAUAACCAGUGUAAUUCAUCUGAUAAAACGGUUGGUUCAAUUUUUUUUUUAACUUUAUAUAUUUUUGUUUAAGUGUCAAAGUAAAUACUUUGAAAUUUUUUUAUGAAAAUUAAACGAGCCAAGUUAAUUUUAGCGAAAGUGUUGGGUACCUCCUUAAUUCACCUUUGAGUUCCUUAAAUAUGAGUUAUGAUAUAUAUGUGUACCUAUCUGUAAAGGACAAAUGGGUCAUCAUUUGUAGUUUUACAAUUGUUUUUUGAAUCAUAAAGAUAUUGUUUGAACAAACGUGUUUGAGACUAGUUCGUACGGCAGAUUAGUUCUCUGCCUUAAUUUCUGAGGAUUAUAAUGGAUAGACACAUUGUUUUUUCUAGUCCUUAUAGACAACACUUUAUUUCAGUUCUUUUUAUUCAUAUGUUUAUAGUUGUAUUUCAUAUAAAACUCCAACAUUAUAACACACUUAAUGUAAUUUUGUCAAGGACAAUUCCCCGGAUUUUUUGUUAUCCACGGUUUGUUUUUGUCCUUUGGAGUUUCUUUUAUAAUCUCAUUAUUUUUUUUUAGUAAACAAAUGCUUUUCAGUUUAAAUGCAAGACAUAAAUU